CCCACCCUCUACCCACCCUUUUGCUUCUUCUGUCUUUUUCUCUGUCUCUCGUUAUUUUUAUUUUUUAUUUUGUUAUGCCGCUCCCUUUUACUGUACCUGUCGAAGGCAUCCGCCCCCACAGUUCGCUGCCCCCUCAUUCGCCGUCCUCCGUGCCUUCUCCUUGCUGCCGUCAUUCCACCUGUAUUAGCUAAGCCGACACGCCAGCCAAUCGUGUAAUUCCGAUUUCCUCCAGGUACCCGAGUCCCUGCACUACUACUGAAUCUUCGGGUCAUUGAGAGACGAGCUGUUAUAUACCCAACUACCCAAAACCGCCUACCGACAUCACAACGUCCCCUCUCUUUCGUAUCGGCAUUUCUUUUUCUUUGCCGCUGCCGGACUUGGCGACGGGUCUAGAUUUGCUAAACAAGGUCCAAUCUUUUUUCCUUUUUCCUUUCUCUCUCUGGUCUGCGGCGGCGGCAGGGCGAGUGGGGGAGAGCAGCCACGGGAACCGUGACGACGCGACUUCACACCGACAUACCGGCGACCCAACCGUUCGGUCUCGGUGCUGAUAGGCCUACGGCUCAGGUCCAGGUUUAUGCCCGCUCCCGCGAUAGAUGCGCAUCCUCGAUUUUUCCACCGCUUCCCUCGAGCACCGCCGACACCCUGGCCAGCAUGGAUGCGGGUCGUGGCCCAGAUAGUGACACGGCGACGGAGGAUUCGGGAUGCCUGCCGCAACACCUGCUACCGCCCGCUCCCGGCCGCACCCUCCUGCCCAAUCCUAUAGCCAGCGCUGUCAGCCUCGCCACGCGGUCUACUUCCUUCGCCCUCCGUCUCGGCACCUUCAUCGGUGGCUAUGGCUUAGGAGCUGCCAAGUUCACCACCCUCUCCAGCCUCGAGCUCGGCCGCGGCAUCCUCGAGGGCAUCCUGAGCAGGGCCGGGAGAGAUGUCUUGUCUAGGGCUCAGUCGGAGCUGGGCAGAGCAGAUGCCGAGUCCAUAUUGGAGAAGAGCCUCGAAAGCCUUCACCAGACCAUGUCUCAGAUCGUAUUCUGGACCGCCACCGGGUUUCAUAUUACCGGCACCACCGUAUCUACCGUAUCCCAGAUCUCCCAGCUGUUCCUGUCCGUUCUCGACCAAUUCUUCGGGUCGACCGACUCGUCCAGGGCCAUUGCUAGUAUCAUCACUCUGAUUCGUCGAGAGUUUCAGAACCCUGCUACCGGUGUACAGGGCGAGAAGGUCGGGGUCAUAGACCUGCUCCUCGGCUUGUGCGGCCUCGCGUACCUGCAGAACUGGUGCCGAAAGAUGAUACAGGACGAGUCCCGCCUUCUCUGCCAGGAGGAAGUUAUAUGGGACAUUGUCGUUCUUGACGGCGAGAGAGUUGACGUGGACGACGACGGUUCUCACGCCAUGCACGUAGGCGGUCUAGACGGCCAUAGCCAUCUGGGCCAGGCAUUGGACCAACACGGACCCGGAUGGAGUAGUAGCGACGAGGACGAACUGCCAGAAAUGCAACUCAAACGUCAGAUCUUGAGAUCGCUCCCGAAGGACGCAAAGGUAUCCAUUUCCGUUUCUACUACGACAACCAAGACAGUUACCGUCGACACCAUAGGCACUCCCAGGGUGCCAAUCCUUUCCCUGCCGGGAGUGGACGUGGUCAAGAGUGAAAUCAGCGACCUCGACCAUCCUGCAGUAGACAGUCAAGAAGGUGGCCCAAGUUACCGGGUGGUAUACAAGAUCAGUCGAAAUCAAGUGAGGAGUGUGGCAGUAGAUAGCGACACCGAGGAUGAUGCGCUAUCUCGCGUUGAAGUGAUCGAGGAUGAUGAGCCCGAGGCAUCAACUCGCCUCGCCGUCCAACAGUUCGAUAGCCCUCCCCCGGUUCCACCUAAGACCGCGCGGCUAGCCUCGGCCUCAACCGCGAAAGGAAAGGGGAACGUCGCAUAUGAUGACCCCGUCCACCAGACGAUGUCCACAUCCCACGAUAAACCUCACAGAUCUAGCUCAGUCUCCCCCAAAACCCGGAAGGCCAAGGGGGCCUCUACCAAGGAGAAUUCGGAGCAUGCUGCAAAUCAAAAGCGCACCAGAAAACCAUUAGAGAGUACACGGCAAGACCCUCGCGAUCACCUUUCCGUGCCUGGUUCGCCGACUAGUACCAGAGCACAGGCCCGGAAGCCCGAAUCCCCUACGGCCAAAGGAAGGGAAAAGAAAGGCGGCAUUCGAAGUGCUCUUAAAAAAGGACCCGUCCCUGCAUUUGCCGGUCUAUUAAGCCGGGAUCCGAGCUCCGAAAACUUCCAAAGCAGCAAAUCCAAGACACUAGUUAAACCCCCUUGGGGAGGCAGCCAUAAGCCCGUGCAGAGCAAGGUACUGGCCAGCCAGCGGAAAGGGGGUGUUCCGGAGCGAACCUCAAGUAUCAUGCUGCACCACGAAUCUUCUCGAGUGCCACACCAGUACAACUCCCACCACUCCUCGUCAAGACAUUUAAGCGAUGGUAGAGACGCCGUCGACCGACACCCGUCCCCGUCACGAGCGGUCUAUUCACCAGCGCAAGGCCGGCGACGCAGCUCCAUCGUAUCGCUGACCGACACUUUUUCUGUGCACUCGUUCGAAAGCCGGCCAGCAUCACCGACCUUCCAGAGGGGCGACAUUCGGACCCAGAGCGGAGGCGUCGUGCAGCCGGAAGCCAACGACCCUCCCUCUCCAGCUCGGGGCCACCAUGGCAGAGCACGGUCGGAAAAUCGGAGUCUAUACACUCCAAGUAUAUACACACUAAGGACGAGGGACUCGCAGGUUUCUUUAGCCCUCUCUACCUUCCACCAGAAAAGUGCCUACAGCGACUCGGGAGCAGUCGACACUCUGCGACGUACAGGCAUGGUGGACGGGAUGUUUCCCGAGUUUCAUAUACUGAGGAAUAUCACUCGAUAUAGCCGGUAUGCGUCGGCCGUCUACGGGUCGCAUUUCCUCAAGUUUAUGGGCAUCACCAACGACCUACCCGCCCUUAAGGGAUUGGACGAAACCCACCGGGACAUUCGGUCAUUUGCGUAUCACACCGACCUCCCGCCCGAUAGUAUCAUCCUCUCUUCGUUCGUCGACCCGCAGGGUGGCUCUGAUUCCACCGGGUCCACCGACACGGGGAUUCCCCUCGUCCAUACCAUCGCACUCGACGAGGAGUCUAAAGCAGUUGUAUUGUCCUGCCGUGGUACCUUAGGCUUUGAGGACGUUCUAGCUGAUAUGAUGUGCGAGUAUGACGAUUUGGUCUGGAGGGGGAAACCGUACAAGGUGCAUAAAGGCAUACAUGCAUCGGCGCGGCGACUUCUGUACGGGGGGGAUGGAAGAGUAUUGGCAACGCUUAAGGAGGCUCUCGAGGAAUUCCCAGACUACGGUUUGGUGCUCUGCGGGCACUCGCUGGGCGGGGGGGUAACCGCACUACUCGGAGCUAUGCUUGCGGAGCCUGCUGCAGUCGGAACGGCCUUCAUCACCUCCGCCGAGCCGCGACAGGCCUUACUUACGGAUGGUCGAUCCCAGGGAAACUUCUCCCACAUAUUACUGCCACCUGGCCGGCCGAUUCACGUGUACGCAUACGGACCACCUGCGACCAUGUCACCAUCCUUGCAGAAAGCAACAAGGGGGCUUAUAACGAGCACAGUGAACGGAAACGACCUCGUCCCUUUUCUCUCGCUCGGCGUCUUGCAUGAUUUUCAAGCUGUCGCGCUAGCGUUCAAGACAGACAACAGCGAAGCGAAGGCGGAAGUGCGUCGCCGAAUCUGGGAGGGCUUCCAGUCGGGGCUGGCUGAUAAGUGGUACAAUAACGGACCGAAGCAUAGAAAUGAAGAGGAGGAUAAGUGGGCGUAUGCCGCACUAAAGACGUUGCGCGCAAGCAUGAUGAGCUCGAAACUACUACCACCCGGCGAGGUGUUCUCAGUCGAGAGCACGCCCGCCCUCAGGCGAGACGCGUUUCUUCAGGCGGGUACGGGCCAAGUCGGGCGUCCGGCAACCAGAAUCGUCUUCAAGUACGUCCGAGAUGUCGAAGCCCGGUUUCGGGAGGUCCGAUUCGGCUCCAGCAUGCUACAAGACCACAGCCCCGGACGAUACGAAGACGCUCUGCGGCGACUCACGAAUGGGGUCAUGCAAUUAUGAGCCUAUGCUUCACGGUGAUUGCUACCGACUCGUGCGUCUCGCUUCUGUGGUAUACCAUAGGACGUCCGAGGGCGAGCAUAAGCCAGGGUUGUCGGGAAGGAAGUUAUAUAUCAAACGGAGUUUACUCAAACGCAACAUGUCAACGCAACGUGAAAAUAAUAGCCACCUAGCUAGCAUCUUGCUAGCAGCCAUACACUGUCUAGCAUGCUAGAAAGCGAAUAGAGACGCAAGCACAAUGUUCUUCAAAAAGACAAAAGAGCCC